UCACUGGGAAGCGUCGGACCGCACCCAGGCGACACAUCACCUGCAGGGAAACCGACGGGUUUCGACGCAACUUCGCACCGUGCGGCUUCGGUUCAUUUAAGAGGGGGAAAAAAACCCCGCGCAGGAGAGUCAUUACCGGCUGGUUUGAAGAGGACAGGAGUCUCAGCUAUGGAGGGGAGGAUAUCUGCUUUAGCUGUGCUGUGUCUGGUGUUGUCCAGCGUUGGAGCCCUCAAGGUCACCAUCCCGGAGCCGCAAUAUGAGUUUGCCAGAGGGGACAACAUCACACUGCCCUGCAGCUUCAAAUCCACCCUUGCUGCCCCCCGACUAGUCAUUAUCUCAUGGUCGGCUGAGGCUCCAACUGCUAACGCUAAGGAGACCCUGAUCCUCACCUACUACUUUCCUAGUAAACUCACUGACAUCAAGUCAAUGUACGAAGGCCGAGUGUCUCUGGACGUAAGCAUUCCUACUGGAAAGGCCAACCUGAAACUGUCCUCCAUCACGUUGGCAGACAACAAAGUGUUUGAGUGUCGUGUCCAGAUCCCAACUGAUGAUGAGGGCACUCCGGCAGCCACUGUACGUUUGGUGGUCCUAGUGGCCCCGUCCACGCCCAUCUGUAAGACCCAGGGAAAGGCAGAGUACGGCCAGAACAUCAACCUGACCUGUGUGUCUGCGGAGGGCUCCCCAACGCCCACGUAUAAGUGGGACAGUCGUGACGUACGGAACAUGCCACGUGCUGCCCCACACCCCAGAACCACGGACAAGGGUGGUAUCCUGUCACUGUACAAUAUCACCAAAGACACAUCUGGAAUCUACACCUGCACCUCACGCAACAAGAUCCGCUCUGCUACCUGCAACAUCAGUCUUGCAGUCAUGCCACCUUCCUUGACCUUUGGUUCCACUGCAAUAAUAGCCGUCGCUGUAUCUGCCGUUGUCUUGAUCGCCCUCAUCGUCAUAAUCUUUUGCUGCUGCCGCCACAGGAAGAAGAAGAGGGAAGAGGAGGAAUAUGCCAUGGGAGUCCCUGGGGAAGAGUUCCACGACAAAGAGCCGGCAAGAAAUGGUGAGCGUCGCCAAGCUGAUAGGGAUGAAGACACCCGUGUUGAUCGUGACCCCAAUGAGGAACGAAGCCAGCGAGGCUACGACAGUCGCAAGGAUAACGACGAACCCCACAGCGACUACGAUGAUCGCCGCAGCGAAUACGAUGAUCGCCGCAGCGACUAUGAUGAUCGCCGCAGUGACUACAACGACCGCCGGAGCGACUACUCUGACCGCCGUGACAGGAACAGCGAUCGCAAUGAGCGCCAUGACGACGAGCGGAGCUACAAUGAACGCAGAGACCGCCGCAAUGAUGAUGACGACCGUUACGAUGAGCCCCAUGAUGAUCGACCACCCGUGCCAAAUAAUAAACCACUGAGGAGGGAUUAUGACGACUAAGUACUCCAGUCUGAACCAACGCCUGUCUUCUAUCUUCUACUUCACACCUCACGCUGUGAUCUAAUUGGUUCAAACAACAUUUUGACUCAGUAGACCUAUAGCUAUGACAUAAUUAGCUCAAAAAAUGGCAACAUGUAUAGGCUACUAGACUUAAACAUGAUCUGUUAUCACAUGUUUGAGAGGUGGUAAAGUUUAAGGUUGGGGGGGGUUAAUCUCGGUAAUGUAAAAUAGAUGCGACUGGAAGCACGUGACUCGGAGGAUCAGUUGGGGAAGGGCACUAAUUCACAUGAAGUGGGUGGUUGGGGUCAACAGUUACAAUCCCAUUUAGGCUACAUCCAUACUACUACGUUUUCGUUUGGAAACGCUGCUGUUUGGAAGCGUUUUAGUUUGGACGGGCAGCAACCGAGAUGGUUGGAAACUAUGACGUAGACAAGCACAACGUGUUGCUGACAUUAACCUCUACUAACAGCUGUUCUGCAGUUAAAUUCUACAUGUUACAAUGAUGCUACUACUUGCAAACCUAGGAGACGAGCUAUUAUUCGAGCAAUUCUUGUUUACGCCGGCACACGCAUGUCCAGUGUACGCGAGUGGUUAGGUGAUAUGCCUUUUCAGGCGUGUUGGCAUGGACGGGCAUUCAAACUGGGGUCUGCAAAAUGAGGCAAAACGUAGUAGUAUGGAUGAAGGCUUAGUUAAGGUACUACCCCCCCCCCCAGAAUGAAAUGAUUUUUAUACUAUAUACCACAUAAAUUCUGUGUGUGUGCGUGUGUGCGUGUGUGUGUGUGUGUGUGUGUGUGUGUGUCUUUAUCGCAGCUCAGUCCGGUUUGGUCACAUUCUGAAGUGGAGACGCGCUGUGAGACAAAGAUUCUGCCUGAUGUGUGGAGGAGACUUGUGUAAUUCAGUAAUUAUGUGGAAUUUUAGCUUUAAACUUGAUAUGUUGACACACAAAAGAAUGCAUGGCGUUACGACUGUGUGUGUGGUUGUCAUGAUUAAGACUGGCUUCUGCUGGUGGGUGUAGUGGUGGUUUCUUUUUUUUUUUAUCUAAGGAAGCUACCGUCACGCCCAAGAUAAGGGCUUUGGUUUUGUGUUGUUCUUUAUGCUUACUAGAAUUACUUUUUUAAUGCAGCAAACAGCCUUCUCCUUCAUUCCAUGGAGUGCUUUUAAAUGUCUUUCUUUGUUUUUUAACCACAUAAUAGAAACUAGAGCUAGAAUUAAAUUUUAAUGUAAAUAAAAAUCAUGAUUUUAACAUGUCUUCUUGUAACCAUGUUUCUGCAGGUUCAAAAUGUGCCUGUUGGUGCGUGGCAUUGUCUCAGUAAAGUACAGUUAAGUAGUGUGAUGGGGGCAAUGGCUUCUAUGCUUAAACUCACCAAGCGUCAUUCUGUGGGUUGUGUCUGUCACCGUGGUAACAGCAAGUGCAUUUUCAAAUAAAUUCAGGGUUAGGGUCUCGACAACUGCUCAACCCUUAAUUCUUCACUGACGACGCUUCACGUACUUGUGUCCUCAGGAAAAUAUAUAUCACACACAUAUUUCGAUUUUCUGUAUUUUUAAAACGGCGAGUUGUGUCCAUUUGAAAUAUCCUGUAUAAAAAUAAAGCUGAUGGAAUAAA